AUGGCAUUUAUUAUCUUGUAUCCAGCCGUUGCAGCUUUAGCCCUUUUUAUUGUCAGUGUUAUAAUAAUUAUGUUACGUUUUGGCCCACGUCUCUGCGGGCUACGUCAUCACGCCUUGCCCGAUCGAGAAGAUUGGCAAGAUCGGGCCUACGAACAUGAAAUAAGUUAUGCCUGAUAUUAGCAAGGGGGUUUUCUUUAAAUAAUUUCCAAAAACAAAUUGUUUACAUUCCAUUCGAUAGUUACGAAUGUCUUCGUUUGCCACAAUUUUAAUUUUUUUGUGUUAAGUGCCUUAAUAUAAAAUCGAUUCUACUCUUUAUUUUAAAAAUUGAACUGAAGACAUUUGAAAAAAAUGUUUACCACCCUUUCCGUCCAUUUAUUGCAACCCAAAAGAAUCUCCCCUUAUCUUAGGAAGACUUCUUUGCUUAGUCCUUAAGCUAACAAAUUACAUCGAUUAAUGAAUAUAUAUUAUACAAUUUACAAAUUUUACAUAUUUACUAACAUUUACACAAUGCAUUCUAUGUAUCCACAAUUUUAUGAGUUCGUGUUUUAUACACGAAAAAUAAAGUAUGUUUAAAAUAA